AUGGCGACUUCCGUGCCCACGACGAUGAAGGGAGUACUUAUUGAGAAGAACGGCGGCGUUGAAGUCCUGCAGUACAGAACAGAUUUACCAGUGCCUACUCCCAAGGAAGGGGAAAUCCUCGUAAAGAACGAAUUUAUCGGCAUCAACUACAUUGACACGUAUUUCCGCAGCGGCCUUUACCAAUCGCCGAAGCCUGAAAUUCUUGGCCGGGAAGCUGAGGGAGUAAUCGUUGCUACGGGUCCCGGUGGCGAGCUAUACAAUUUCAAAUCUGGCGACAGAGUGGUUUUCCUAGGCCCGAGUACCUAUGCCGAAUACACAGCUAUUGUAGCCUCCAAAGCGCACCUCAUCCCAUCUGGCCUCGCGCCUGGGCUCGCAGCUGCCUCCCUCCUCCAAGGCCUGACGGCUCUCACACUCAUCCGCGAAGCCUACCACGUCCAGAAAGGGGACUUCAUCCUCGUCCACGCCGCAGCUGGUGGGGUCGGCCAAUGGCUGGUGCAAUUGUUGAAGGCGGUUGGGGCGCGGACGAUUGGGACAGCUAGCACGCCGGCGAAGCUUCAAUUGGCGAAGGAUAAUGGCGCGGAGUUUUUGAUUAAUUAUAAGGAGGAGAAGGAUCUGGUGGGCAAGGUAAAGGAGAUUACUGGGGGCAAGGGCGUGCAUGCUGUCUUUGAUAGUACGGGGAAAGAUCAGUUUGAGAAUGAUUUGGAGGUUUUGGCUCUGAAGGGGACGUUGGUCAGUUUUGGGAACUCGUCUGGUGCGGUUCCACCUUUCACGAUUGCGAGGUUGGCGGCUAAGAACAUCAAGCUUCUUAGACCGCAGCUGUUUGGUUACAUUGCUGUUAGAGAGGACUGGGAGAAAUAUACCAGCGAGCUCUUUGACUUGAUCCUUAAGGGAGCCGUGAACGUUAAGAUCCAUGAGAUCUACCCACUUGCGGAGGUUGCGAGGGCUCACACUGAUAUUGAGUCCCGGGGAACAACUGGGAAACUACUGUUGAAAACUUAG